CCUAUUAGAAAACACCCGUCUCUCCAGUCUCCACAGUUCUGGUCCUUCUGGAAGUAAAACACAGUAAACGCUAUAUCGCAGACGCAAUCGCUGCAAUUCCUCGCAAUAAUUCUUCUGAUUCCGACGUCGAGCUGGCGAUGGCGGAAAGCCGUGACAAUUGAUCGAAACGACGAGUUGUAGUGUCUGCUGUCGUUCUUGAUGGGGCUUGAAUUCAGGCGCCGGGACUACAGAGCCGAGGAGCUUGCCCACUCGCUCCAGAGAGCGCCUGCUGAUACUCACCCUCUUUCCUCUUCUUCUUUACCUCUCCAGGUGGAAGAAUGUGAAAGUGAAAAGGAUGAUUUCUGUGAUCCGCUUAGAGUUAGUGAUGGAUCGAUGGCAGUGUCUUCUAGUAACGUAGACUGUGAAGAUGUUAGUACUGAGGCAACAGCGCCUUCUCAACUGAAAACGACGAAGGGAUGGAUCUCUUAUAAGAAAAUGUUGAUGCAGCGGUUUCCCGUGCCUAAAAGAUCACCAAUGUCAGUGGCAUCUGGUGUGCACUUGAAGGGUAGCAAAGCAAUUGAGAAAUCAGCAAAAGAUUUGCAUUCAGGAGGGUUGGAUGAUGACAAAAAUUUCGAUGAUGAAGAUGUUAAAGUAAUCAGUCAACAGGAGCAUUUGUCAAAGUUGCAUGGACUGAAAGAUGAAAUUAAUCAGUAUUGGUGUGCUGGUGAUCAUGUAACAUCGUUAAGGCUGUCAAUAAAGGCUGUGAGGUCUCUAAUGGACUCAUCUGCUAUCCAGAUUUACCCAACUCUUUUCGUUUUAGCAACUGAUAUAAUGGACAUGCUUGGUGAUCUUGUGUGGAACCGCAUCAAGGAAAAAGCAGAGAUCACGGAAGAAAACUUCAAUGCUGGUGAUAUAUGCUUUGAUGCCAAAGAGACCUGCAAUAACUGGUUCAGCAAAGUUGGAUCUAUUCGGGAGCUACUUCCUCGCAUCUAUUUAGAACUUGCAUUACUGCCUUGUUGGCGCUUCCUUCAUGACCACCCUGAAACUAUCCUUAAACGCUUGGUGGAGAUGACGAGAGGCAUUGCUGAUCCACUGGCAUCGGCAUAUUGUCGCCUAUACUUGGCUCAAUGCUCUCAAAGAUUAUCCCAACAUGAUACAGGUUUUCUUAUCGCGUGCAUAAAUGACCUGAAACUGGUACUCGUUCGCCUCACACCAGCAAGAGAAACCGUGAAUGGGAAUCUUUCUGGAAAUAGUCAAUUACUGCUUGCUCUGGUUGAACCUGCUAUUGAGUAUAUCAUAAAAUGUUUAUUCAAGGAUCUAAAAAAGAUGGAAAUUAGUAAAAUGCUUCUUGCACUUGGAUUGUCGAGCAAUCUGUCAAUCUUGUCUAAAAAUCAUUCAUGCAUAUCGGUCGUCCUUCAUCAUAUACUAAAGGAACUUCCAGUUGAAUAUAUUUGUUCUAAUGCUGUGGAGUUGCUACAUCUUAUAGAGAUCACUGAUGAUAGGUCUUUUGAUCAGUCGUUAAAUUUCAAUUUACUUGGACAUAGGCUAUGUGAAUUGGUACCUCAAGUGAGUAACGUCUACUUAUUGAUCGAUAAAUUUAUCCAGGUUCUAUCUUGUUGUGCAAAUCUUCAUGCAUACUUGAUGCUUGCAGAUGCUUAUUUGGAUAUAAUCUUGGAGAACCAUUUGGGCAAGCUCCUAAAUGUAAUACUGGAUGGAAUAUUGGAGCGUGUGAGGGAUGAGAGGAUUGGUGAAAACGAGUUGGUUAUACUGCAAUCAGUUUUCUUGAAAAUUCUUACUCAUUUUGGUGACAUAGAGAAAAUAUUGGCAUUGAACCAUUUUAUGGACAUCUUGGAUAUGAUGCAUGGGAGCGCGAGAAACUCUAUCAAUAUGCACAUUCUUAAUAUGGCAACUAGGAAUGGUCAAAUCCAAGACCCGAUCAUCAUUGAGGUGCUACUUGAAGUUGCUCAGGCAUUAUACAAUGGCUUAGACUUCUCAAAUAUGAGAAAGGAUGAGUAUCAACAUCCAUCUCGUCUGAUUUCCCGUUUUGUUUAUAUGGUUGACCACGGGAUAGAAGUGGAGAGCCAUUUGAGGUUCCUUGCCCAAUGUCGUGGAGCAUUUUCUAGCAUUAAUGAACUCCAGGAGAAUCUUGUUCAUUCCAGCAACAACUUAGCCAUUAGAGCAAUGAGAGAUGAAAAUAGUAGCAUAAGUUUUGUCAAAUCAUGCCUGGCAUUCAAUGAAGUAACAAUACCUGCUAUUCCUGCUAACUUAAGGCAGUUGAACUUAUAUAUUGAAACUGCAGAGGUAGCGUUGCUGGGUGGCUUUGUUUCUCAUCUGGAUGGGCUUCUAAAUGCAGCAGUCAAUUGCUUGGAAAUGAUUGAUCCAGUCAAUGUUAUGCAGAUGGCAGAAGAUGGCGAUGAAGCCAUUUCAUUACUAUGUAAGUUAUGCGGCAUGUUGGUGAUGGUCCCAGAACCAGAAGUAGCCUACAUUCCCAAGCGUUUGCUGUCUUUCCUCAACUCCCAAGCAUGGAUAUUGCCGAGAAUGAAGGCCAGGAUAUUCUCUGCAAUUGUUUUCUUGUCUGCAGCACAAUCCCAGAAUCAACUGCUGUACCAUGCUGUGAGUGGAAAGGUUAUUUGUAACUACCAACUAUUUGUUGGAUUCCCGUCUGAUCAUCAAGAAUUACUGUCUUUGUCACGUAUUGCUCUUCAGGGCAUUGUAAAUUGUGUGAUGCAAGAGUCUUCUAAGGAGCGAGGAAAAUUGGCUCUCGAAAGUUGUAACUGUGUAGCUUCAUCCUUUAUGGUGUCUGACGAAACGUUAGAAGCAUGCUCCAAGUUGGUGGAAAUAGCCAAGUCCUGCUACAGUGCAGAUGACAAGUUUCUACAAUCUACAUUGAAGUUUUUAAAUGCUUCCCAGUUUCACUUGUAGUGUAAUUCUGGCCCCAUGGGUUAAGAGUUCAGUGUAUGAUUUUCAUCUCUCGAAAUCUUGUAUAUUUGUUGUAUGAUUUACUAUCAUUCAAAAUCCAGAGAAAAAUAUAAUGUGUUUGUUGCUGGUAAA